ACCGACCGGUUUGGUAUAUGAUCCACGCAUGACACUGCACAAGCAUGAGUGGUCUGCAAACGAGCAAGAAACGCCUGCCCGGAUACAACACGCUUUCAAACGUUGCCAGGAGGAAGGACUUGUCAUACGCUGCAUGUUGAUCCCGGCACGACAUAUUUCGGAAGAAGCGCUUUCCCUCGUUCACUCUCGUGCAUACAUUCAGUCGGUCAAGCGAACGCAAAAUUUCUCCUUACCGGAUUUGUACAAAUUUUCCGGACAGUUCGAUGGAGUGUUUGUGAACUCGCACACUUGGUCCUCCGCUUCGUUGGCUGCAGGCAGUUUGCAACAUCUCGCUAAACUUGUAGUCCAAGGCAAGCUGUCGAACGGUUUCGCCUUUUUACGUCCGCCAGGACAUCAUGCCAUGUACUCAGAGGCAUGUGGCUACUGUCUGUUCAACAACGUGGCUGUGGUCGCAUCUUCAUUUCUCUAUCCUCCACCAACUGUGCUACAAGCAUGUGUUGAAACCAAGAAAUCCGUCACAAGCAAACGGUAUGGCAAGAGACGCACUGACUUAGAUCAGCAUGAACUAACCCACACACGUUCUCAAGGAUCAGAAUCGCGCCAGAUAUGCAGGAAAUCUUCUCUCGUUCAACUUCAACGGAUCCUCAUAGUGGAUUGGGAUGUGCAUCACGGUCAAGGGACUCAAUAUGCGUUCUACAAUGACAACCGUGUAUUAUUCAUAUCUAUACACCGAUAUGAAAAUAGCACCUUCUGGCCUAAUCUGCGCGAGGCGAAUUUCGACUUUAUCGGUGAGGGAUCCGGACGGGGUUACAAUAUAAAUAUCCCCCUGGAGGAGACCGGAUUGACAGACUCUGACUAUUUAACCAUAUUCCACCAAUUGGUAAUGCCUAUCGCAACCGAGUUUGAUCCUCAACUGGUCAUCAUUUCGUGCGGAUUUGAUGCAGCCAUCGGGUGUCCUGAGGGCCGGAUGUGGCUUACUCCCGCCGUGUUCGGACACCUCGUACACCAUUUGAAAAUGCUAGCCAACGGGAAACUAGUUGUUACUUUGGAGGGAGGAUAUUACAUCGAUAGUAUGGCGGAAAGCACGGUUCACGUGAUCAAGGCGCUUCUUGGAGAUCCCCUCACUCCUGUUCGACUGACUCGUCCUGUUUGCAAAAGCACACUGCGAACUAUUGACUGUUGUGUUACAGCGCUCAGAGCACACUGGAAGUCACUGUGGUUACAUGGCGUGUCCAAAACUAUUAACCGUCCCAAUUUGGCCAACCUACCUCUGGUUUCUUGGCCUCUAGUGAAACGUGUCGUUUGGCCCGAAUCAAACCCUGUGCUUCCGGAUCAAGUAAAACAACGCGUCCGGCUCCUAAUGGACUCUUACAUUCCUUUGCCUCUACCGCCUUCUUCGUGCCAUUCGAUCUUGUUGUUGGUACCCUCGACCAUGUGUUCAACUAAUCAGCAUGCUUCAUCCACCCGGAAUUAUGACGCUUUGACGCACCAAGCACGGCCUGACUCGCAGUGUCUAUGCCCUGAUCGAUUGCUACACCACCUUUCCCAUCUGUUCCAUCUACACGUUUAUCGGACGGAAAGCGCAUCGUCGACACACUCGAUGAAACGAGGAGGAUCACCCGCUUCGUCGCACUGCCUUCCAAGCAAGCGAACUUGUCGAGAAAAGCAUGACGCCCCGAUGAAUGAACACAAGACACCGGAUUCUCGUUGCUCACAUGCACUAUCUUUUCGGCAAGUAUUUGCAUCUUCCACCGAAUCACAGUGGCGAAAGUGUGGUUGCUCGUUUGCGACCAUCGGAAGCCCAUACUCGAAGAAGAUGGUCGCAGGUGCACCUGAUAUGAAGGCUGCUCUACGCAUUGCCCUGAAUGAGUUACUUUUGCGUAGGUUUAGCCGCCUGCUUCUUCUGACGGAUUUACUUGACUUGACAGAAUUGCUUUCCGCCAUCUCUGAGAUCCAUACUACUGCGUUCAGCUCGUAUCAGGAGCGUAUCUUCCGCACCCGAAUUCAAAUUACGAAUGCCCACACUCGCGACAGUCUAUCCCAUGAUGAACAACCAGAAAUGAAAUCGUUAUCAGAAUUGACAGACGGCCUUUUUUAUUUACGAACUGCAGUAAAGUCCUCAGGCCUGUCAAUAUUCGACCGGACACGGAAACGUGCGCGUGAACGGUGCACGCGGAAGUCGACGGCCGCCGCACAACCUGGCACCACUUCCAACUCCAAUGUGUGCCGGCUGUUCGUGGUUGACUUGUUCGGAACUGAAGAACCGUUUUCCAUCUCCGAUAAUCUGUGUGAUACAUCCGCACACGACUGUGUUCAGUGCGAUCUGCUUUUGUGUUCCGUUUACAGUGGGUGUUACGCGGAGGAACUGGCCAAACACCCGAAAAGACUUCGCGUUACAGCGCUGCGCCGUUUGCUCCAACGACCGGAACAACGAAUUCGUUUCGCACACUGGUUGCGUUUACCAGUAGUAGAUUCUGUCGACCUGCUAGAUAGGAAUGCUACAAAAAGCGAAGCAGCUGGGUACCAAGCCAUUGGAGCCAACUUACUGGCACUGAUCUUGCAUCUUCUUCUUCCUCUAGCCUACGAGUUCGGGCCCGAUCUGAUUUACAUUCGGUUGGGUGACUUCUGUACAGGCUGUUACAAUGUGCAAAUGGACAUCUCAACGGGAAUCCUAAUCCACUUGUUCAGCGGGCUUGGUAUCCCAGUGUUGAUCAGCCUUUGCUCGUUUGAAGCUUUGUCGGCUAGUUUGAUUAAUGCUUUAUUGGGGCGUCCACUCCCAAUGAAUCCUAACCCCAGGGACUCGAUGGUUCCGACACCUGCCAUGCAAUCCGUGCUGCGUGAGAUUCUUCUGGCCAACGGUUCUCAGUGGAAAAAUCUUCGAUUCACCGGUUUCCUACCCUUGUGGCAAUGAUCGGGUCUGUUGGUCUGAAAGAAAGCGGAACCACCGACGCUGAAGCUCGUCGUACACGCUGAAAGUGUUUAGAACAUCUCAUUGUGUUUCUUGCAUAUGUAUAUGCACAUGUAUAGUAAAGAAGGAUUCUGGCAUAACUCGUGCGUGCAUCGAUGCACGCGCGGGCACAUACAAUGACAUCCAGCAACAGAUGAAUAGGUGUGCACCAUUCAUUAGAAUACACAAACAGCGGCGAGCGCUUCUGAUUCAGAAUAAUAAAUUGUUUGUCUAUACGGCUGUUGACUGAACUGGGGCGCCGCCAUCACAGCUGUUCCCAAGUAUGUUGGCCUUGUAUAGAUGCGUGACUUUGCCUUAGCUGCCAUAAAAAUGCAGGAAACUGGGUGGUGUUCACCCUCGAUUCGAUGAGCGGUCUCUUUGAGUUGGGCGAUCAUGAAUGACC